AUGGUGGUGUACGGUACCCGGACGGUUCAGCUGCCGCGGCGCAGGGACGGCUCGCUGGGGUUCAGCGUGCGCGGGGGCCGUGAACACGGCACCGGUCUGUUCGUGAGUCACGUGGUGCCCGGAUCGGACGCACAGCGACACGGACUGAAGGUUGGAGAUGAGGUGCUCCAAGUGAACGGUCUUUCAGUGAAGAAAUCCACCCACAAAGAGGUGGUAUCGGUCAUCAAGAACAGCAACUUCGUCCAGCUGAGGGUGCGAGAUGUCGGUCUUUUACCAGUCAAAGACAUCUGCAAGGGCCCUCCCGGCUGGCCCGGAGUGUUUGUACAGUCGACCAAGGAGGUCGGGCUGGCGAGGGAGGUCGGACUGCGACCCGGAGACCAGAUCCUGCAGUGCAACGGCGUCAGCUUCGUAGACAUCGACUUCGCCAAGGCGGUGUACGUCCUGAAGCUCGCACAGCACUUGGACCUGACGAUCCGGCGAGGCGCUGCGGCUGAGCUGUUUGCUGCGCGCAGCAGCGGCUACAGCAGCAACAACUGCACGGACUGCAGCGGCACGGAGAGCACAAAUAGCAGCGUGACCGCCGGCAGCUGCAGCAGCCCGCCGCCGCCGCCCGCGCAGCCGGCGACCACCUUGACAUCUGGCGGCAGCCGCAUAAACCACACAACAGGUGGCGCUACCUCCGAGCGCCGCCGUGCGGUUGUAGAUGAAAGGAAGCCGAUCAAUGGAGUCCGGUCACGACCUGCGGCGGCAGCUCUGUCGGAGGUCGCCGGUGACGUCACUGGGUCCCAGCUCACCAUAGACCGACACAGAAGGUGGCAGGACAUCGAGGCUGAGUGGGCCGAGUCGGAACAGGAGCAGCGGCAAGAGCUGGAUCAGGAUCGGAGAGGAGGAGGCG